UGUAAUUCUCUAACACUGAUGCCUUUGUUUACAUCCGAAAAUUCCGUUCCCUUAUCAAGGAUUGAAUUUCAUCUGCAUUCAGCUUGAAAGCAAUCGUCCAGCCUAAAUGUCAUUUGUCUUGCGGCAAUCAGAAUACUAAGAUAUUUCCGCGUUUAAAAACUGACGCAAUAUAACAAAAAAAAUACAACGAUCCACUACAAAAGCAACUUCGAGUUGGGUAUAUUCUUGUGGAAAUGGCAGAUAAUGUUCAAUGGCAAGAAAGAAUUGGCGCUGAAAAACAUGUUACGGAAUUCGAAUGGAUAUUGCACGAUUGGUCUUUGCUUUAUGGUGCAAAAUAUAGUAAAGGAGUUGAAUCUGGUGCCUUUAAAGUCAACGGUACAAAUGGAUGCACCUGCACGCUUUUGAUUAAUUCGAAGGAGCCUUAUUUAACCAUGACUUUUUCAUGUACUGAGAAUAUUCUAGCCAUGAGGGUGAAUUGCCAUGUGAGUCGAGCUCACCCAUACAAGAAUAAUUACUCUGCGCCAUUCACAAAAAACUCCUUCCCUAUAUACUUGAGGUGCGAAGGCUUCACCCAGACGUCAUACAGGAUGGCAGCGACUCAUGGAGAUGAGAACGAUACUUUCAUUGUGUCCCUAAAGAUAUCAAUCGUAACACCAGUGGACAUUAUCACCAUAUCAACCAAUAAAAAAGGGGAUACGAACAAACAACUUUUUAAAAACAGCGUUGAACCUUCAACACAUAUUUUGGCGAAUUUUAAGGCACUAUUGAAUAGCAAAUCACUCUCUGACACGACUUUGGUGCUGGGAGAUAAAAAAUACUCUGCUCACAAAACAAUUCUUGCAGCUCAGAGUAAAGUAUUUGAGAGAAUGUUUGAAACGGGUAUGAAGGAACAAAAAAAGAAGGACGUCAAAGUCAUCGAUACAGAUGCAGAAGUAUUUGUGAAAUUUCUCAGCUAUUUGUACACCGGAGAAUUGACCGAUUUAGAGAAGAUGGUUGAAAAAAUGAUCGUUUUGGCAGAUUAUUAUGAGGUUGAUCAUUUGAAAACCACUUGUGAAAAUCUUAUGUUGGCAAACCUUUGUGAGAAAAACUCUGUACAAUAUGUUAUACUCGCAAGUGAACUGUGCUGCAGUGCACUGAAGAACAAAGCUCUCGAGAUGAUUAGAAAUAAUCGAACAAUUCUUGAAACAGUGCUUGAAGAAAAUCAUGAAACGUUGUCACGUCUGAAACAGAUUUUGUCAAAAAAUUUGGUAAAAAAGUAAAAUCCGUUAAGAAAAAUGACAAAACAAUUUUUCAGAUUUUAAUAAUCCCGACAAUGAAAGACUUGUUACAUCGACCUUUGUUAUCAAGGCUUCACCGACUGUUUUGAUUUUCUGACAAGCACCAUCUUGAUACGAGCCAAUUUUUAUUUUUUCAUACGUUAUUUUUAGUUUCUACCGGUCAAUAUAUUAAACUCGAAACGUACGCGAUAUGCUUUUCUUUCUGCUUUCCUUGAAAAUUGACAUUAAUUUCAUUUUCUUGAUUUUUUUUUCAACACUUGUGAUCUUUGUCCAGAGAUGUAGCGUUUUCUUUUCCAUAUCGCUGAAUCUAACUGAAGAUUCGAUAAAAAGAAGUAUUGUAUCCAUUUCAAUCAGACUUUGGCUGUAUUUAGUUUUAAGUAUACAAUAUAAUUUUACGACGUAUUGAAAUGAAAGCUUAUUUUUCAAGUUCAUUUGAGUUAAGCCGACAAAUACUAUGUGUCCCAAAUAAGUAAAAUCUCAUUUAAAGUUGUAACGGAGAAUCAUUUCAUGUGACUACAAAAAUUUUUUCUUUAUAUCAAACUCAUAUCGCACAGCAUAAAAUAAAAAAUAAUUGACUGCAUGGUUGAGUUGAAAACAAAAAAAUUUCAAACUAACAUCGUUGAUCACUUUUGUGCAAGUUUGAAAUAUUUUUGUCCGUCAAAUAUGAUUGAACAUUCUGGUUGAGUGACUCGCUUGAAAAAUUUGUGUGGCUUUAAUGGGAUUAGGAAACGUGAAGUUUGAAAAAUAAAAAUCAAGAGAUUCACACAAAUAGCCAGAUAUGAUGGGCUCAAGUUUUUAUUAAUGUGCGUAGCAACAUAUAUUCGUGUUGACAAACAAAAUAAUAAAAUUGAUAAAAGCUUGAUUCGUAUUUAUCGUUCCACCAGCAAUCAAAAUAAACAUUUGUUUUGAUUGCUCAGAAAAGUUUAUGCUGAUUUACUAACAUACUGGCAGGUCGAACGGUUCUGGGGCUGGAAUACGAGAGCUUGGCACACAAUCGCCAUUUCUGCAAACCUACAACAGCAAAAAUCAACGUUUUAUAAUUGAACAAAAAAUUUUGAACGAUAACUGAAAGCUGAAAGAGGUUCGAAAACGAUACUUACUUUAUUGUUAGCACACCACAUGUCAUCUGGAGCUUUACCGGUACGGACAAAAGUACCAUCAGCCUUGCGACAUUUCAAGUUUGCGCAGAAGACACGAGAUAACGCGAUAUUGAUGGAUUGGAAUAAUGAAAUCCAACAUAAGAGGGUCACUC